AUGCCGCAGGAGAUGGGGGGAUGCAGCGGCUUAGGCAGGGCAGGUAUCCUGGCGACGUUCCACACCUCCUCCCCCACGGCCAUGAAGGACUACGCUGAGAUCAUCCUCUACCCUGACAUGCUGGAUCGGAGCAAGGAACAUGCCGGCUCUCCUCCUCUCCCACUGCCACGGUUUUUGCUGACUGAGUUUUCCAACCCUGUCUUCGAGGUGGAGGGUGAGGCCCUGUCGCCGAAUCGCCCGGACGGGGAAGACAGAACCACCGUGAAGCUCUCCGCCAAUGGCUUCGCUCAGCAGGUCCGGGACGUGGCCAGCAGGAAGUUCAAGCCAGACUGCAAAUUCUCCUGGUUCUGCGUGGCCCUCCUCAGUUUGGUACUCUUGGUGCUGCUGGGCUUACUGGUGGGCAUCGUCGUCCUCUCCACAGAGCUGAAAUCCUCUCACCUGGCCAGACUCUCACCUGGGGCAUCUUACCCUCACACCGUCUCCAAUGCAACCUCACCUCCUCCUGCCAGGACCCCCCUGGAAUCCACAGCUGCUUCAUCCCAAGGAGACCCACCCCAAGCCAUGACUUCAACACCCUCGUGCGGGGGAAUCCUGCGUGGUCCCGAAGGCUCCUUCAGCUCCCCCAAUUACCCAGCCCCCUACCCCCCCGAUAUCCUGUGCACAUGGCAUAUCCAGGGGCCGCAGGAAACUGUGAUCCAGCUGCGAGUGGAGACGUUAGACAUAGAAAACUCCAUCUCCUGCUUAUAUGACCGGCUGGAGAUAUACAGCGAGCAGGACUCGGCCUCUUUAUUGGAUGGGUCUUCCCGGUUCUGUGGCCAAGAGGCCCCUGCAACGAUCAACACCAACUCUAACCAGGUGCAUGUCACCUUUGUCUCCUACGGGAUCACAACCGCUGCAGGCUUCACUGCCCGGUAUCGAGCUAUUGCACCCAGUGAAAAGAACUGUUUCUGGGGCGAAUUUCUCUGUGACGGCGGACUCUGCCUCCUCCCGGCCUCCGUGUGCGACGGCCUCGACCACUGCAUUGACAAGAGUGACGAGUCCAACUGCAGCACAAAGCACAAAGAAUGCGGGGGGACUCUGACCAGCUUGGAAGGCCACUUCUUCAGCCCCAAUCACCCACAGCAGUACCCAAACAUGCAGCUCUGCCACUGGCACAUCUCAGUGCCCGUGGGCCAUGUGAUCGACCUGCGGUUCCACAACUUCAGCCUAGAGCCGCAGAAGGAUUGCAUCUUUGACUUUGUGGAAGUGUUUGACAGCGCGGGGAUGGGGCGAGCCAGCGUCAUGGGCAGGUUCUGCGGCUCAGAAAUACCACCAGUUUUGACCUCCUCGCAACAUGUCAUGACGGUCCUGUUUGUGGCAGACGAGGGAGUGGUGGACGACGGCUUCUUUGCCACCUACCGGGCCCAUAGUGCCACGGAAAAAACGUGCAGCCCUUCUGAGUUCACCUGCAGAAAUGGUGAAUGCCAGGCGCUGGAGCUGGUGUGUGACGGCUGGCGCGACUGCCCGGAUGGGAGCGACGAAUACAACUGCACGGACAUCGCCUACCCAUCCAUCGAGUCCACUUGCGAGCCCAUCCUGGUGGAGAUGUGUCUGGACCUCAGCUACAAUGCCACCUCCUUCCCCAACAUCUGGCUGACCAUCGCUGAUCAGGAGGGGGCUGCCGAAGUGCUCCAGGAUUACCAGGUGCUGGAGGGCCUGGCUUGCUACCCAUACCUGCGUGCCUUCAUCUGCAGCCUCUUUGUGCCCAAAUGCACCCCGGACGGGGGCAUCCUCCAGCUCUGCCGCUCCGUCUGCCUGGAAGCGGAACGGCACUGCCAGCGGUCCCUCGGCCUGCUGGGCAUUCCGUGGCCUCUGAACUGCAACGUCCUGCCGGAUUCCGACAACCCCUCGGAGUGCUUCACCCCGUAAGGGGGGCCACACCAGGAGUCA